AUACAAUUCACACAUCUGCUCAAUUUCUCCACAAAUUAAUUUUUAUUAAUUUUUGUAACAUAUUAAAAUCUAUGUAAUCUCAUUUCCCUAAAAUUAUGUAACUGAAAUGUGACGUUGUUUUGAGAGAAUGACACACAUCAGUGUUAAAUUAUUAUAUGUUAUGAUUUAUGGUUUAAAUUUAACAAUUAUUAAAUGUGUAAAAAAUAAUUCUGAAAAUAUUGGCAAUUUUCUGACACCAAUGCUCAUGGGCGGUCUUUCAGCCUUAACGUACAACGGCCAAGGGUAUCAGGGACAAAUGCCUCAUAUCGCAGUCAAGAUUAUGCCCUCAAAGAAAUUAAGACUCACUCCCACUGAGAUGAACACAUUAUUAUUCGCAAUUAAAAGGGAAAUACACAAUAAAGUCAAUAAACUUGAAGAGGAGUUGUAUGAGCAUAGACAUGAUAAUGAAAAGCACUUGUCAACAUGGGCAUUAAAUCAAGCGCCUGUAUAUAUGCCAUUUCACGAAUCUGUAAAGAAGAAGACUCCAAAUUACCAGAAAACACUUGGUUUGGAAGUCAAAAAGUUAAAGAGUAAAUUUGAGCCUGAGAAGUCAGAAAAUAAGGAGACAAACACACAGAAUCAACAGGCUGAGGAUAAUAAACUUUCAGUGAAAAAAUUAUAAUUUUAUCUAAUCAUUUUAUUGAUAAAUUUUAAAUUUAAUUUCCCCACACCUUUAAAUAUA